AUGGAAGAACCUCAUGAAGAACAACAUUCAAAAGAAAUGACCGGUUCCCAUGAAAAAGUUGCUGGCGUCACGCCAUCUGGUGAAGGAGUCGCUGGAGUUACGCCAUCUGGUGAAAGAGUUGCACAAGCAGAUGGUGAACAACAAGCAAGGCCUACAGAAUCGAAGGAAGGAGUGGUGGGACCAGUAGAAUCCAAUGAAAGGCUCGAGGUAAUUAUCCAUCUUAAUUCCAUUAGUCCAAUGCCGUCACCAUUUAUCGAAUCCAUACCCCAUAGGGAACACGGUGUCCUCGCCCGGCACGUGUUUGCCAAAUACUUUGGUGGACGUGACCGAUAG